UAGGAGUUUGCGAAAAUCUAUGAAGAUUUAUGUGGUCUUGGUUUGUAAUAAUAUGAAGAAAUCACCCACUUGUUCACAUGCAUUUCUUCCUAACCUAAACUCAUCAUAUCCUUUUCGAUUUCCCAACUUUCUUUUACUUAUAUAUCACUACCUCUUCUCAAUAUUCAUCAUCAUCCUCUCUCUCUCUCUCUUGAAUAUCGAAGUUGAGAAAAAUGGGUGAUGUUUCAAUCUCAAACGGCUUGACUAACUCUCAGAGGAAGAGCUGCUGGUAUGAGGAAGAAAUUGAGGAGAAUUUGAGGUGGUGCUUUGCACUUAAGAGCAUUUUGCACACAGGUGCCUCUCAAUACCAGGACAUUCAACUCUUGGACACUAAACCCUUUGGCAAGGCUCUUGUAAUUGAUGGAAAGCUUCAGAGUGCAGAGAUAGAUGAGUUCAUCUACCAUGAGUCUCUUGUUCAUCCAGCACUUCUAAAUCAUCCCAAUCCAAAAACUAUUUUCAUAAUGGGGGGAGGUGAAGGCUCUACUGCUAGAGAAAUACUCAGGCACAAGACAGUGGAAAAGGUCAUAAUGUGUGACAUUGAUGAGGAAGUGGUAGAUUUUUGCAAGUCACACUUGUUGGUUAACAAGGAUGCCUUUUUUGAUCCUAGAUUGGAGCUCAUCAUCAAUGAUGCAAGGGCUGAACUUGAAAGAAGGGAAGAGGAGGUUUAUGAUGUGAUAAUAGGUGAUUUGGCAGAUCCAAUUGAAGGUGGGCCAUGCUACCAACUCUAUACAAAAUCCUUCUAUGAAUUAGUAGUUAAGCCAAGGCUUAGCCAGGGUGGCAUUUUUGUCACACAGGCAGGGCCAGCUGGGAUUUUCAGCCAUACAGAGGUGUUUUCUUGCAUCUUCAACACUCUCAGACAGGUCUUCAAAUAUGUUGUACCUUACUCAGCUCACAUCCCAUCUUAUGCUGAUACCUGGGGUUGGGUCAUGGCAUCGGAUAACGCGUUCACACUGAAUGCUGAUGAGCUAGACCAGAGAAUCAAGCAGAUGAUUGAAGGGGAGAACAGAUAUCUUGAUGGCAAAACCUUCACUUCAUCAUCCACCUUGAGCAAAGCUGUUAGAAAAUCGUUGGACAACGAGACUCAUGUUUACACCGAAGGGACUGCGAGGUUCAUAUAUGGCCAUGGAAGUACUGCUUGCAAACAACACUGAUGAGCUUUGAACAAAAGAAGAUAAAGAAAUUUGGUUGUUGUUUCUACUUUUUGUAUGUUGCUUGAUUAUGUAGUGAAUUUGAAAGAAAUUAUGGUUUGGCCUAAUGCAGGGAUCUGUUGUGGCUGCCUUCCUCUAUAAGUGUUAAUGGAAGUGGAAUACUGUAUGUUAUGGCCAACUUUUGUUUGUGAUGUUUUGCUACUUUAUAUAUAUAGAUUGUGCAUGUACAAUUUUCCUUCAUAUAUAGCCAUUUUUCAGAAUAUUGGAAGUGGUCGGAUAUAUAUAUAAAUUUCUCUAUUGCCUA